UUAUUUUUAGCAAAUUGGCUAGAUUAUGUACUAGUAAGUUAUCCCCUUUUUUAUUCUAUUUUUGUGAAUUAUUGCAAUUAUGCAAAAAAUUAAUCAUUCAUUAUAUAUGGACUUCUCAAAGUGUAACUUUUACUGAAAAAAAUAGUUUUCCUGGGCUGUAUUCCUCUUUUAUUUAUUUUUAAUUAUUUGAUUUAUAUGUAGCUUAUGGCCAUGAGAAUAUAUAUAAUAAUGCUUGUGAGUGACAUAGUAUUGAUUAAUAUAUGUUAUUUGCAAUAAUGUGUCUCAGUUUUUUUUGUGCAGAACUAGUAUUUGGCCUUGAAUGGAAUCAGCCUUGACUGAUGUUGAUUCGGCUGCCAGCCAUAGAAGCCCGAUCUUGCAGACAGAAAGAGUGCCUUCCAAAGUUUUGGGGAAAAUAUUGUAAACAAUCAGCACAUUCUUCUCAUAACGGCAAGUUAGAGGUGUUCUUUGAAAGAAAUGAGGAAGAGCUGAAACGUCUACGUGCAGCGAUAGCAAGCGAUGGUGCCUACCAUGAAAUAGGUUUUACAUAUGAUAAUGCUGAAAGUGAAAAAUAUGAGCAGCCUGAAGCUUCUAAAGUUGAAGAACCAGAAGAUGAACUUUAUCAAGUACCUGCUGGACUUAAGGUACCUAAAGGGAUGGAAGUGCCAUAUAACAUGAAAAUUCACACAAUCAUUGAAAAGACUGCUCAAUUUGUAAGCGAGCAAGGAGGUCAGAUGGAAAUUAUUAUUAAAAUGAAACAGCAUACUAAUCCUCAAUUUGGUUUCAUGCAUCUUGAUAAUCCAUUAUAUCCAUACUACAAACAUCUCGUAAAAGAAAUCAAGUCUGGGUCUUACAAGCCAGUUCAAAUAAAAAAAGCUGUUAGUCAUAGUGAAGAUGAUGAUGAUGAUGGACAUUAUCUGCAUCCAAGCCUUAUGUCAGGAAGAACAGAGGAUGUGCCAAAGUUUACUGUGCCUUCCAUAAAUUUCCGUCGCAACCACGAUGAUAGUUAUUCUGUAUUGGUGAGAAAUUUACGGCAGCAUCUUGUUGAAGAGACACCUGCUGAAACUCAGUCAUCAAGUGUAGAGGCUUCACAAGAAGUUCAUACCAAAAAUCAUUUAAUAAGCAUCUGCAGUGAUGAGAGCAGUUGUGAUGAAUAUCAGAAUUCUUAUGUGCAAACCGUUGAGCUUAUUCCUCCUCCACCUGACCUUCAGCCAAUUAUUCAUAAAAUGGCAGAAUAUGUUGCAAAGAAUGGAGAAGAUUUUGAAACCAUUGUAAAAAGCAAAAAUGACAAUAGAUUUGCAUUUUUGCAUCCAUGGAAUGAGUAUUAUCAAUAUUAUAUACUGAAAAGAGAUGAAGCAAAAGGAAAAAUAACUGAAAUUGUGAAACAGAGUGAACAACCUUCAGUUCAAGCUAAUGUAUCAGACAGUUCAAAAACUGUAUUAAAUGAUCCUAUACAGGAUUCAGGAACUGGUGCUGUUUCACCAGGAGACAACAAAGAAGAAAACCAGAUUACAGCUAACUGUGAAAAUGAAACUAUGGAAUCACAAGAUUCACAAGGAUCUAUUUUUGGUCCAAAUCCUCAACCAUCACAAGAAGUACCCAAAGAAGAUCAGACAGAUUCUAUGGAAUCUCUUGAUUCUCAAAGCUCAAUUCAGAGUGCUGAAGAGGGUGUGAAAGCAAAGUCCAAAUCCAUAAAAGCUCCUAUUAGUUUUUCACUGAAGGUAAAGGAAUCUGAAACUCCUACUUCUGAUAAAUCAAAAAUGACUACUUUGCUGUUGGAUGAUUCGGAAGAUGAUUCAGAUGAAAACAAAACAGAUAAAGUGGAGUCAGAUAAAAGAAGAAAAUCCACUGAAGACUCACGGUCAGCUCCUAAUUCUAGGCAGGAAUCUGUUGAAAGAGAGGAGAAAACCACCAAACAAAAUAAUGAGUCUUUAGAAGCUAAGUUGGCUGAAGAACGUAUCAAAGAUAAAUUAGUAGCUGCUGCAAGAGAACGCAUUGCACAACAGAAGAAAGAAAAACAGAUGCAAUUAGAGCAACAAAAGCGGGAAGAGCUGUUAAAAAAAGAAAGGCAAGCACAAUUAGAGCAACAGAGGAAAGAGAAACAACUGCAGUUAGAGAGGAAGCGUAAAGCUGCUUUAUUUCUUAAGAUGUUAGAGAAGAAAAAUCCAGAUUCAAAUAUAACUGCUUCACAGAAAUUAGGUGAAAAAAAGGAAAUUAGUCAACAAAAUCUUAAAAAACCUGAUCCUGAUGAAUUAGAUUCAGAUUUCUGGAUCCUUCCUGAUGCAGCUGGGGCUUCAGAUAAUGGAAUUGUGUUUCCCUCUGAUAAAAUGUACAUUCCUUCUGGCCAGAAUUUUCCUUUGACAGUACAAGGCCUUAAACAUGCUUGGGCGACAAAUUCAUUUUCAGGAGAAUCAGGGGAAGAAGAACCAAUUACAGAAUAUGGAGAAAAACACAGCAGUGAUUCAGAACCCAUCCCAGCAAAAGUAGAAGAGGUUGCUAAACCUGAAAAACAAAAGAAGAAAAAGAAAAAGCGUUCGCAUUCUAAGAGUAGAGAACGUUCACGUUCAGACCGGUCGAAAUCAUCUCGACGUUCUAGAGAGCGACACAGGUCACGGUCACCAAUAAAAAAUCACAAGGAAAAAUCAAAGAAGGAUAAAGAGCUUCCUGCUGCUUAUUCUUAUAAACGGUCAAGAAGUCGGUCACGUUCUCCUAGACGCUACAGACCUGGUCCUAGUCAUUGGAGCAGAAGACGAUAGCUCUGUCCCCUUUUGUUACUGUAAAUAAUGUUUCAUAUAAUUGUAUUAAUAGUAUAAGUUUUGUAAACAAUUUGCUAUGUAAAUAAACUUUUUAUAUAUAAAAAAAG